AUGUCGUUGCUCCUUAUCGAAAGCCCGCUACCCGUCCGUCACUCACCUGUCGCAAACCCACCAGACCAGGACGAGCAGCAGAAGGACAGUGCGGAAGAGUUGGAGGUGACUGGCGAGGGCACUGCGGGAGGGCCGUUUGGACUGAAGAAGGUACUCUUUGUGAGGAAAAAGAGCGAAAAGGGCGUUGGGUCGAAAGAGGAACCUUCCUUCAAGGACCGAUUCAACAAGCUCGGGGCGGGGGUUGGAGAGAGGUUUGCCGCUUUCGGACACAUUAUCCAAGAGCACGGCAGCAAGUCCGCGGCGGCAAGUGGAUCGCCGACUUCGGGAGUAGCGGAAAAGUUCUCCGCCCCGGACGCGACGAGCGAACUGGCACAGGUAGCGCCGCAGGGUGGUACCGCUUCUGCUGGCCCACCCGCCAGCGAGCACCCCCAGCAGCAGGCGAUGGAGUACUUCCAAGAAUACGAGGUUACCUUUACUACCAAGCCCACGUUUUCGCUCGUGGAAGGGGCGGACGGGAGGGGCGCCGUAGUAUCGUGGGACACCGGUACGGCACCACCCUCUGCGGACAGCGGCGGCGCCCCUGCCCCCGUGCCGCCAUCCGGUGCCGCUGUCAUCGCCGUGUCCGGCGAGUCGGUAGCCGAGAAGAAGCUGGCAGAUGUGCUGGAGCUCCUGGAGGCUGCCGGCAAGGACCUCGACACAGGGCGAGAAGAAGACCCGGCCAAGGAUAACGGCGACAAGCUUUCCGUCGAGGUGCCUCCGGACCCGGCAGGCGGCGGCGGUGGCGGGCUGGUGGUGCGGUUCCGCGAGAAGAUGAAGCCGCAGCACGAGACCGGGUCGGCCGGUGGGGAGGUCUUCCGCAACAAGAUGAAGGCCAUGGCGACGGGGAUAGGGAACCUGUUUCAGGCAAAGGAAACGGCGGGCAGCGCCGUGAGGGACGGCUCCAACGUUUCUGCCGGAGGCGCGGGUCCGUCGGCGGCGGCGGCGGCGGCAGCGGCAGCGGUGCCCGAUGCCUUCCCCCUGACGUUUUCGACGGGGAGCGAGACCGUCGAGGACUUGCCGUUUACGAUGGCCGAGGUCGUCGGAGGCCUUGGGGUUAUCGUCGCGGCGGUUAGGGACGACUACGCGGAGCACUUGAUCGUGGCGGAGGAGGCGGGGGUCGUGUCGGCGGGGACGGCGGGUGUGGCCGCCGGCGGCGGCGGCGGCGGCGAGGAAGGGAGUGGGGGGCGGAACGAUGGCCCGGAAGAGGGUUUGCUAGUUCCUGGAGCCUUGAUCUUGAGAGUGGCCGGGCAGAACGUGGAGGGGAAAGGGAUGGGACGGGUGAGGAAGGCUUUGGAGACGGCGGCGGUGGAGCACUCGGCGGUGAAAAUCCUCUUCCGGCGCGCGCCUCCAAUCUACCGAGCGAGCGUGGCGGCCGAGCUAGCGUUAGAGCAGUCAAAGGUGCCUCAGGUGCACGUCGGCACUUGGCAACCUUUGCUCAAGCGACGCGCCGGGGUCACGAUGAGCGGAGACGGAGAGAACGGCGGCGGCGGAGGCGGAGGCGGAGGCAUUAUCGGGCUCGGUUACGGGCGGAGAGGAGUGGGAGGGCGUCCAGGCGACCAUGGCACGGGCGCACCGACCGUGGCCCUGCCGCGGAACGUCAAGUCGGCGUACGCGGGGACGUUCGAGGGCCGGCCGUCGUCCUUCCAGCAGGCGGCGCGGCUGUGGUUUUCCUUCCCGGGGGAGCGAACGGUCACCCUCCAGAGACAAGCUACCUUGGAAAAGCUGGGCCUGUUGCACGUCGAGACGAGGGGGGGGGGGGGGGCGAUAGGCUCGUGGGUGACGAUCACCGCGGCGGAUGCGUCGCCUUGCGCGGCAGCGGGGGUGCCCGUGGGGGAGACCUCGCUGCUGACCCACGUUAACGGCUUCGACGUGUCUCCGCCCGCCUACCGAUCGCUCGCUCCGCGCGCGUUCGGGGAUGGGGAAGGGUGGGCGGCGGCGGUGCUGCCGGCGCUUGAGAGCGGCGGCGGUGACAGCAUCACCCUCACCUUUGUCUGA